UUUUUAUUUAUAAAUAAAUAGACUCCAGCAAGGAUGAUUCGAUGAUUCAGUAGUGUAGUAGAUUCCUCAAGAAUUCUAAUGAAUUAUAUCCGUAGAUCGCUGGUGAAUUUAUUUCGUAGAAUAGGACAAUCCAGAAAUUUUAUUAUGGAAUCAGAAGACAACUACUUAUAUUAUUCUCACGAAAAACUGUUGGGCUUGAUUGAAAAAUUAGGUGACAAGAAUGCAGGUAUUAAGGAAUACUUGAGUACAGUAAAAUAUGCACCUAUACCCGAUUUUAAAGAAGGACUGGAGUGGUUCAAUGUUUCAGAACCUUUGUCUUUUAAAAACCACUUAAAAGGCAAAUUGGUAGUUCUGGACUUUUUCACGUAUUGUUGCAUUAACUGUAUGCACAUUAUACCAGAUUUAAGAGCAAUAGAAAACACAUUCUCUGUCGAAGAUGGUUUAGUUGUAAUUGGGGUACACAGUGCAAAAUUCGAAAACGAAAAACUUUCAAAGAAUAUUCUAUCAGCUGUGCAAAGGUAUAAUAUCGGUCAUCCAGUGGUUAACGAUGAGAAUUCAGAAAUGUGGCAAAAUUGUGACGUACACUGUUGGCCGACAUUGUUAAUGUUAGGACCCAAUGGUGCCCCUAUUGUUAUGCUUACAGGAGAAGGACAUAAAGAAGAUCUUCUUGAUAUUAUUAAAGUGGCCUUAGAUUUUUAUGAAGAAAAAAAAGUUAUUUCCCAUCAUAAAUUACCCUUAAAAUCCGCCUUUCACUUACUGCCAGACUUAAAAGGACCCCUACUAUUCCCAGGCAAAAUUACUCUGUUUAGUGAGGAGAAUACUCAAACUAUUUUGGCUAUAUCUGAUACCGGCAAUAAUCGUAUAUUGAUUGUUAAUGAUAAAGGAAUCAUAUUAAGGGUGAUUGGCGGGAAAAAAUUAGGAUUUAAAGAUGGAAGUUUAGAGAAUGCUGAAUUCAAUAAUCCGCAAGGGUUAGUUUUCUUGAAUAAAAAUGUUUUGUUUGUUGCCGAUACGGAAAAUCAUGCCAUAAGAAAGAUAGACUUAGAAAAAGGAAAAGUUGAAACAGUAGCAGGUACCGGCAAACAAGGACAUGAUCGUUUAGGAGGAAAACCAGGUCCCCAGCAAGCCAUAUCGAGUCCUUGGGAUGUUGUGGUUUACAGAACAUCUGACAUGGACUUAACUUUCCAUCUCGAUGGAAAACCUCCGGUUAGGGAGGUUUUAUUAAUAGCCAUGGCGGGGACCCAUCAGAUAUGGGCCCUGUUCCUAGACGACACUGUUUGGUGGAAAUGUAAAAAGUAUAGCAAAGGAACCUGUGUAAAUAUAGCCGGUUCAGGCAGGGAAGAAAAUCGAAAUAACAAUUACGCUCAUGCAGCCGCUUUUGCACAACCCUCAGGGUUGGCUCUGUGCGAAAACAACAAGGAAAUCUAUAUUGCCGACAGCGAGAGCUCUAGCAUCAGAAGAUUGGCAUUGAUCGACGGGAAAGUCACCCCAGUAGUCGGAGGAGAUAGAAAUCCAAACAACCUUUUUGCUUUUGGUGACAAGGAUGGGUCACUUUAUGACGCAAAACUUCAACACGCUCUAGGCUUAGCCAUCAGCCCCGAUGAAAAAACACUUUUUGUAGCCGAUACAUACAAUCACAAACUAAAGAAAAUAGAUAUCACUGAAAAUAAAAUUUCUACCUUAAAUCUUAGUAGCAAUUUUGAAAAUUCCAAUGACACUGCCACGGCGACAUUCAAAGAACCGGCAGGGUUGUGUUUAAGUCCUGACGGUAAAAAAAUAUACUUAGCCGACACCAACAACCACCAAAUCAAAAUUAUUUCUCUGGGAAGAAGUACUUCAAUAACAAAAGUCGAAGUUUUCGAUUUAACACCCAACUCUGUUGAAAAGAAAUCUUCUAAAGAAGCCCUUAUUAAAGGCAAAAGUAUAGUAACCUUGAAGAAACCCAUGAGAAUUAACAGUAAAGGUGGCAAAAUUGUCGUAAAAAUCAACCUAAAGUUCAGGGAUGGGUUGAAAUUAACUCCGGAUGCGCCUCAUAGAUGGAUAGUGUCUUUACCCAACCCUACGUAUUCUUCGGUACCCAAGAAUGGAACGAACGUCAAAGGCAUAGACUUGGUACUAAGUUUACCACCGAAAAAAGAUAAUUUAGAUGAAUUUAUUGAUGUUAUUUUUGAUCUGGUGACUUGUACAGAUGAAACAUGUCUACCCAAAAGUUUUGUGCUGAGAAUUCCUUUAGGUUUCCAAGAAAACGGCGCUCUACAUCUCGAGAAAGAGCUCAAUGUGAUUUUAGACGUAAAUAAUGUUAGCGUAGAAUAAGUUUUUGGCUGGUCUUUUAUACGGGGGGUGCCAAAAAUUUCGAAAUUUUAGGCACGCCCUGUACAUGUAUAAAUUUUUGAUACUGAUAUUUAUCUGAAUGUUUUCGAACGGGAAAUCAAAUUUUCUAUAAGGUAUUUCGGGCAAAUCAUAUCAGAAAAAUCGAAUUAAUAAUUUAUAAGGGUAUAUUUUUUCAAGUUAUUCGGUAGAUAUUUAAAAGUAUCGCAGGUUUUAUUUUUUAAAAAAUUGUAUAUUUGAAGAGAUUUUUCUUAAUUUUAUUGCAUUUACUCUUUAAUACUGUACGUUUAAAAAUAAAAAUCGGUGUCAAGGUAGGCGUUGAAAUGUAUAUAGAUGAUAAUUUUGUGCGGGUCGAACUCUAUUAUGAUUUGUCAAAAAAUUGUCAUAACUUUAAACUUGCAAAGUAAAAAAAUUAUACUUGUUAAUAGAUUUUGUCUAGAGGCCGACCGGAACCGAAAAAAUUAUCGUUGAUCGUAAUUUCGAAGGCUACUAUGACGCCGUUUUUUUUUCGAUUAUAUAUGCUAUAAAUAUGUUCAAUAUGUUUAUGUUAAUAAUGCAGGCUUUAAUUUUGAAAAUUUUAAUACUUGGUAAAGAGAAUUUUAUUAAUUUUAUUCUUAUUGCAUUCUUUACAGUUUAAUAAUGUUCGAGAAUAAAAAUCGGAGUCAAGGUAGGCUUAGAAAUAUCUGUCGAUGAUAAUUUUGAAAGGAUCAGGAAGAAAAUUACCGUUGAUCGUCAUUUCAAAGGUUAUUAUGACAAAGUUUUUUUUUUCUUCAGUCAUAUGGUAUAUGUUUAUGUUAGUAAUACCGGUUGUAAUUUUGACAAUUUUUGUAUUUGGCAAGAAAAUAUUAUUAAUUUUAUUGCAUACUUUACUCCGAGAAUAAAAAUAGGCAUCAAAGUAGGCGUGAAAAUGUCUGUCGAUGAUAAUUUUGUACGGGUCGAGCGCUAUAAUAUCAUUUUUUAUUAAAAAUUGGCAAAAAAUCAAACUUGUAGUAAAAAUUAUACUGUACAAUAAAAAAAGGCAUCAGAGUUGGCUUGG